AUGUCGAGCAUCAUCCCCGUGGACCUGGUAUCCUUUGCGACGGACCCGUCGUACCUGAAUACUCUAGUCACUACCAAUGCCUCCAACCCCAGUGUCAUCAACCUUCUCGCAUACGAUGAAAGCUUCGUGUCUGUGGUCGGAGAGAAUGCAACAGCGCGACAACUUCACAAUCUCGAUUGGCAAGCUUUCCAUGAGGCCGGUGUUUACAACAAGGAUGCAAAGAAGCUUUACGUCACAAGCAACUGGGCCGGCGACUUGGACAACCCCAUCAACGUUACGAUAAUCGACCUGGCAAACAACUAUUCUAUCAGCUCAACGCGGUACUCAGCUCUUGCGGAAGCUAAUGGUGCAACGUCCUACUAUCCACCUGGUACCCAGACCAACAGCUCGACCCCAUCACGCGUGUUGUACUGUGACCAAGGCGAUCUUGUCAACCCAGCAGGUCUGGUAUCCGUAGACCCCGUCACAGGCGAGUCUGAAAAGAUCCUGAACAACUAUCUUGGUCGGAAUUUUAGCUCACCCAACGACGCACGUCAACAUCCUGUGACAGGCGACAUUUGGUUCACAGACGCGGACUAUGGCUACAUCCAACACUUCCGACCUGCACCAACCAUUCCCAAGCAUGUUUACCGCUUCUCUCCCGCGACUGGUGAAAUUGCUGCUGUGGCAGAUGGAUUCACUCAACCCAACGGCCUUGAGUUCAGCCCUGACUAUAAGACGCUAUACGUUUCUGACACGGGCGCUGUGGAGUUUGACAAAAACCUUACGCGGCCAGCAACACUAUACGCUUUCGAUAUCACGGAAGACGGAAAGAGGCUGACUGGAAGACGCACAUUUGCUUACUCAGACAACGGGUUUCCUGAUGGUUUGCACACAGAUACGGAGGGUAAUGUUUGGGCUGGAUGUGGUGACGGCAUACACAUUUGGAAUCCCCUGGGGACGCUAAUUGGAAAGAUCUGGAUUGGUGUUGAGACAAACAACUUUGCCUUCCUGCCAGGCGCUGUAUUGGUCUUCAGCAACGCACAGUUGUGGAUUGUCGAGAACUUGAAGGCUGUGGGGAGGGAGAUUAGCAAAGACUUUGGGGAUCUGCCAGCGGGCGCACCGAUAUCCUCUCUCUUCCAAGUCCGACACACACCGACCGCCGGCCGCGCCGUUUUCGCUAGUCAAGACAUCGCAGAGGGCACCCUCGUGUGGCGCUCAGAAGAUCUGACCCUCAACGUCCUCCUCCGCGAAUAUCGACGCGAAGUAUGUGGACAAUGUUUCGGAUACGAGUACGGGCGGGAUCUGGAUAUACGAGACAAGACGGUGGGGUUCGCGUUCUGCUCAAAGGCAUGCCAGGACCAAUGGCGAGAAGAGAACGGCGAGAUUGGUGUUCAAGCGUGGACGGCUGUCGAGGCUUUGGUAAGAAAGCGGAGCAAGGAGGAUAGCGACAUGGUGGAUGCCGACCUACCACGACCAAAGGUCAAGGAGAUUCAGCAGGCUUGGGGGAAUGUUGCUGCGCAGGCGGCGCUGAUACGGGCCGCACGGGUAAGCGAACAAGCUAUACCGGACAAGGAGGAUGUCGCUCCAAUCACAAAGCAGCACAAGAAGGCUGUGUCUAAAGCACUACAAGCUAACAUUACACCUGAUGUGAUGAGCUUUUGUGUGAGUGGCCUGGUAUGGCGAUACCUUCAUCCCGAGCAAUGGGAACGCCUGGAGGCACUCGCAGACGACAAGACUCCUUACCACAGCUCCGACGAUCUCGGCGCGUUUACAAGAACCUACUUACAUCUGCUUGCCAUCCUUCCCCUACCGCUCCUACCACUUGUAACUGCAGAGACGCUAAUCACGCUCUCGUCCCGCGACUCGCACAACUCCUUCGGUAUUCGCUCCCUGGAAGAUGACGGCUCAGAAUUCUUCGGAUACGGUUGCUGGCCCGCGGCAAGCUACUUCAACCAUUCGUGCGGGCCGAACAUUGAGAAGAACAGGAAUGGCAAGACGUGGUAUUUCAAAGCUGGGAGAGACAUCGGGAAAGGAGAGGAACUGUGCAUUACAUAUCUUAGUGGGGAGGAGAGGAAGCUGAGUCGUGUAGUCGCCGGUAGUCAAUUGAUGUUAGACUUACAACUUCUGUAUGCCUAA